AUGUCCUCAAGGCAAAAGUCGUUUUUCGAGCAAGAUCACAGCUCCAAGUCAAAACCGCGAUGGCAGGGUAAUCGCAGCUUCGACAAGAAACCUUCCGCCGACGAGUCCACAAACAGACCUGUUCCACCGACGAAGCCUCCAAUUCACCCUUCGACCGAGGCCAAGUCCAAACUGAAAGCCUUCGAGUUCGCCCGCCACCCCGACAAGGAAAAUCCAACCACUACCACCGCUGCUCCGCUGUCGCCUGUCAAGCAAGCUAUACUUCCAUCUUCACCUCACAAGCUCGCCCAGGAUAGACCUCUACCUUCGACGCCGGCCAUGCGCCUACCUCUUGCUGAUCUCAUCGGAAAUGCCGAGGACGCUUUACGAAGACCCACGCCGCAAGAAGAGUCGCCCGUUGAAGAAAUCGGUUGGAUAGCGAAUAGCUCACAUCCAGACCUGACUCCCCGUCAGAGAAGAAGACGUCCACAGAGUUCAUCGCCCGUCAAUUCUUCUCAAAAUGAUGAUUCUGAUCUCCCCGAUCCUAAGCUACCACAAUCUGCUUUCAAGACUCCGAGAGCCGAUCCAGCCGCCGAAUUGUGGACACGAUAUGCCACUGCCAGGAACCCUGACGAUACGCCCAUUGAGAAACGCAUACCCUCACUCGCCCAUCUUAUGAACGACUCAUCACCUCGAUCAGCUCCUAGAACACCUGGCGGUAGCGUGGGUGGCUUGAGGAGAUGGGCGAGCUGUGGUCUGGAAUUCCCGUCUUCUCGAGUCAAACGACGCCGCGUCAAUGGAAUCUUCCGGGACAACAGCAUUCCUCAAGACCCAGCUGUUGCAAAGCCGCUGUCACGGGUGGGCAUGUUGGUCGAGAAAGUCCAAGAAUCUCUUGCCCACAAGGACAUUCCUUCGAGCUCGUCCCCUUUGCCUGACAAGGGCGAUUUCCCUCGUAUCCACAGGCCCGUGUCAGACCAUCAAAGAUCACAACCAACUUCAGCACGUUCGUCACAGCAGUAUUCGUAUCAGCAUGAUGAUACAGAAUUUGAUGACAAUGACAUUACACUGGAUGCUAUUGCAGAGAUCCAACCGAACAGCACCACUCGGAACAAUUCUUUGACCGACACGACGAUAAUGAAUACUAUCGACGAAGACGACGAUGAGUUUGGAGACGACGACUUUGGAGACGAUCUUGACGAUGAAGAGAUCGAGAAUGCCGUUUCCUUUUUCGAAAGCAGACCUGGUACUUCUAACGGUCAAUUUGAUUCACAACCAAACACUUGUGCUAUCGCGCAGCCCGAACAGCCGCUGCCAACACCAGCACCGCCACCUCAGCAACAGCCACAAACUUUCGAUCUUACUGGCUUCUCUGAUGACGAUGACGACGACGAAUUUGGUGGUUCCGACCUCGAUGAAGAUCAGCUUGUUCAAGCUGAAAUGGAUGCUACUCAGGCGUUGGAAGCGAGUACAAGUGCUAGCUCUGUACGUAUCUCGAAUCUUCCUAGGGGGUAG